AUGCGACCAGAAGACCAAGUCCUCCUCCAGGAGGCUAACAUGAGCAACGCCGCAUUUUCUCACCCUCGUAGAGACAUAAGCCGACAAUGGGCAGCCGUUUGCCGAAGAAGGAGUGAUGAGAAAAAAGUGGGCGGAGUCGGGAUCGAUUCCGGGCGGCCCCUGAGGCGAAGAGAGAGGUUUUUCGCUCUAACGCGCUUGAGCUGCAGAGAGCCUCGGCUCACGUUUCCGCAUCGAUUCUGAGUCCUCGCGCCCCUUCGGCGCCACUUCUACUUGCCGCCUUUCCCUGGGUCACGUCUUCUUCCUUUUUCGGCAACUCUUCUCCUUCUCCUUCUUCUGCUCGUUGUUUGCCUCGUUCCAGCCGUUCUUGA